AACAUGUAUCGGUGUGGUCUCUACAUUGUUGCGUGUUAAAUUCGGGUUGUGUCAACGAAACUGGUUGAGCGCUUUCGGAGUGUGUCCCAGACAGAUAGGUUUCUGAGUUACGGUUUCGGACAACAGUAAUGAGAGCACGAUUAUUUAACUUCCAAUUUCACCAUGUACAUUAAACAGGUGAUUAUUCAAGGAUUUAAAUCCUAUCGUGAACAGACUGUUGUUGAGCCCUUUGAUCCACGACACAAUGUAGUAGUUGGGAGAAACGGAUCUGGAAAAAGUAACUUCUUCUAUGCGAUUCAAUUUGUCUUGAGCGAUGAAUUCUCACAUCUCAGACCCGAGCAGAGGCAGGCGCUUCUGCACGAGGGUACAGGUCCGCGAGUUAUAUCCGCUCAUGUGGAGAUCAUAUUUGAUAAUUCCGACGGCAGAUUACCGAUUGAUAAAGAUGAAGUGUAUUUGAGACGUGUUAUUGGUUCCAAAAAGGAUCAAUACUUCCUCAACAAGAAAAUAGUGACAAGGAACGAUGUGAUGAAUUUAUUGGAAUCAGCUGGAUUUUCUAGAUCCAAUCCAUACUAUAUUGUAAAACAAGGAAAGAUAAAUCAAAUGGCAACAGCACCUGAUUCACAUAGAUUGAAAUUGUUAAGAGAAGUAGCAGGCACUAGAGUGUAUGAUGACAGAAGAGAAGAGUCCAAGUCCAUAUUGAAGGAAACAGAAGGAAAGCUAGAGAAAAUCGAGGAUUUCUUGCGUACAAUAGAGGAGCGUUUAAAAACACUCGAGGAGGAAAAGGAAGAGCUAAAGGAAUAUCAACGUUGGGACAAACAGCGCCGUUGUUUAGAAUAUACGAUUCACGAACGCGAUCUCAAAGAAAACAAGAGGAAACUGGAAGAACUCGAGGCGUCCAGAGCUAACAGCGGAGCGGAACAGGCGAGACUAGGAGCGGAAGCGAAAACUGCACAGGAGAUGGUACGCGCGGCAACGAAGAGAUUAAAAGAAGCGAAGAAAGAAGUACAAACUGCCAAGGAUGAAAGGGACACGCUCAGUACGGAACAACAGCAGUUGUUAAAGGAAAAAACCAAAUUGACUUUAAUAAUAAAUGAUUUGCUGGAAGAAGUGAAGGGCGACAACGAUAGCAAGAAACGCGCUCAACAAGAGUUGGAUAGAUUGAAAACCAAUAUCGCUCUUAAGGAUGAUGAAUUAAAAUCUCUUAAACCAGAGUAUGAACGAAUGAAACGCGUUGAGGAAGAGUGUACACGGGAAUUGCAAUUAAAAGAACAGAAACGUAAAGAAUUGUAUGCUAAACAAGGCCGUGGCAGUCAAUUUACUUCCAAGGAUGAAAGAGACAAAUGGAUUCAAAACGAACUGAAACAGCUUACCAAACAGAUAAAAGAUAAAGAGGAGCAUCAGAGAAAAAUCAGUGAGGAUUUAAAGCGCGAUGCGGAGAAACAAGUUGCUCUGGAGAAGAAAAUAGGAGAGCACACGCGUGAAAUGGAACGACAACGUGCAUCGAUAGACGAUCACAACAAACAGUAUUACGAACUCACGAAAGCGAAGGAUCAGUGUCAGGCAACCCGAAAAGAACAAUAUCGUCAAGAGAGUGUACUACAACUAAAUUUGUCUGGUUUGAAAGAGGAUUUAGCGAAAGCUGAUCAGAGUCUGAGGUCCAUGGCCGGCAAACCUAUUUUGAACGGCAGGGACAGUGUACGCAAAGUGCUAGAUACUUUCCGUACGCGCAAAGAUAUGGCUCACGAAGUAGGCAGUUACUAUGGGCCUGUAAUCGAGAAUUUCAACUGCGACAAAAGCGUUUACAUGGCCGUCGAAGUCACCGCCGGGAACCGAUUGUUUCACCACAUCGUAGAAACCGACAAGUUUGGCACAAAAAUUUUGAAAGAGAUGAACAAUCAACAGCUACCGGGAGAAGUGACUUUUAUGCCUUUGAACAGACUUCAUGUGAAGGAUAUCGACUACCCGCAGACCUCCGACGCUAUACCCAUGAUAUCCAAGUUGAAUUACGAUCCUAAAUUUGACAAAGCAUUAAGAUACAUAUUUGGCAAAACUUUAAUCUGUCGAAAUUUGGAGGCGGCGACAACUUUGGCGCGAGAUUCCGGUUUAGAUUGCGUUACUUUAGAAGGCGAUCAGGUUUCAUCGAAGGGCUCCUUAACUGGCGGAUACUUCAAUACCCUUAGAUCGAGGCUUGAGAUACAGAAAACAAGAUCGGAAUUAAUGUCCCAGAUUUCUACGCUCGAAUCACAAUUAACGACACUUAAAGAGGAAAUCAGAAAAGCGGAUCAGAACAUCAGUUCUUACGUCAGCGAAAUGCAGAGAACCGAAACGAGGAAUAGCAAAGCUAAAGAUAUAUAUGACAAAAUGAAAGCGGAGAUACGUAUUAUGAAAGAAGAGUUGAGCGCGAUAGAGAGAUGUCGAACACCGAAAGAGCGCAGUCUUGCGCAGUGCACAUCAAGUUUAGAAGCAAUGCGUGCGACUAAAGACGGCUUGGAAAGCGAACUAAAUCAAGAACUCAUGGCGCAAUUAUCCGUUGCCGAUCAGCUUCAGGUUGAUACCUUGAAUGAUGACAUACGACGUCUGACAAAGGAAAACAAAGAAGCAUUUGCAAGGCGAAUGCAAUUGGAAGCAGAAAAGAAUAAGUUGGAGAAUUUAUUGACAAACAAUUUGGUGAGAAGAAAAGACGAAUUGGUCCAAGCUUUGCAAGAAAUAUCAGUUGAAGAUCGGCAGAGACAGCUCGAUUCGUCGAAAACUCAGUUGGCGGAUAUCGAAAAGAGAUUGGUCAAGGUCAAUGAUGAUUUCAGGUCGCAGAACGAAAAAGUGACUAACGCUAUGAAGAAGCAAAAAGCAGAAUCCGCUGAAGUUGAAAAAUGGAAAGUGAAAGAAAAAGAAGCACAGGAGAAAAUAGAGGCUGAUGCAAAGGAUUUGGAGAAAUUAGCGAGCAAAGUGAAUAUUUUGCAGCAGAAAAUAGUGGAAUGCACGCAGAAAAUCACAGAACUGGGUGCAUUGCCUAGUCACGAAGUUUACGCCAAGUUCAACACAAUGUCCACGAAGCAACUUUUCAAAGAAAUGGAAAAAGCAAACAAUCAUUUGAAAAAAUAUAGUCAUGUAAAUAAAAAAGCGUUGGAUCAGUUCAUGUCCUUCAGUGAUCAGAAAGAAAGAUUGGUGAAACGAAAAGAAGAGUUGGACCGAGGUGAUGAGAAAAUUAAAGAACUUAUGUCAGUGCUCGAACAGCGCAAAUGUGAGGCGAUACAAUUUACAUUCAAACAGGUAAGCAAGUAUUUCAGUGAAGUUUUCAAAAAACUUGUUCCCUCGGGACAUGCACAAUUAGUGAUGAGAACUGCACAUGGCGAUGAAGGAGACGACGGAACAGCAGAGCCGUCCGAUUCCGAUACGUUUAUUGGCGUUGGUAUAAGAGUGUCGUUCACGGGGCACAGAGCCGAAAUGCGAGAGAUGAAUCAAUUAUCUGGCGGACAAAAAUCGCUCGUAGCAUUGGCACUGAUAUUCGCGAUUCAAAAGUGCGAUCCCGCGCCGUUUUAUCUGUUCGAUGAAAUUGAUCAGGCAUUAGAUGCACAGCACAGAAAAGCGGUAGCAGAUAUGAUCCACGAGCUUAGUUCAGAUGCUCAGUUUAUCACCACGACAUUCAGACCGGAAUUACUUCAUCACGCAAAUAAAUUCUACGGAGUAAAAUUCAGAAACAAAGUGUCGCAUGUCGAGUGUGUCACGCGAGAAGAAGCAGCAGAUUUUGUCGAGGAUGACACAACACAUGGUUGAAACAUCAAAUAUUUUUUAUUUAUCAUGUACGCAUCCAUGGUAACAGACAGUAUCUUUUUAUUUUUUAAAAUUUUUAUGUGACAAAAAACUCAUCAUUGUAUUGAAUGUAUCGUCGACGAAAAAUGUCGAUUUGACUUUUUUUCUUAAGUGUUGCAAAGUUAAAUGAUCACAUUGCAAACUAUCAUUGGAAUUAAAUUGUAUAAACAUUGUUUUGCACUACGAUCUUCAUAAAAAAAAAAAAAAAAAAAAAA